AUGUUCGGCCUUAUGACAGAGAUCGGCCCCUUCAUGCUCAGCGCCGAGAGUCUCAAGACCAAGUCCUUCCGCAAGACGCGGAUCCCCUCUCUUAUCCGCAACCCCUUCUCAUGGACUCGCUUCGCCGACCUGCUCAUCUUCGACUCUCCUCCUCCCGUCGGCUUCUCCUACUGCUACCCAGCAGGACCUGCCGGGCAUGGCGAUUCCUGUGGAGGAUGGAACGACACGAGGACGGCGCAGGUGAACUACAAGGCACUGAAGGGCUUCCUGACCCUCUACCCUCACCUGCGCGUUCGUAAGCUCUUCCUAGCCGGGGAGUCGUACGCUGGCGUCUAUAUCCCGACGCUGGCUCGUGAGAUCCUCGAGGGGCAGGAGGAGUUCGCCAUCAACCUGCGAGGGUUUGCUGUGGGGGACGCAUGCGCGGGAACAGACGUCCUGUGCGGGGACUCGUUCGGCCCCUUGUGGGAGGUGGAGUGGCUCCAAGGGCACCAGCAGUUUUCACGCAGACUGUACGAUGAGGUGAAGGCGACGUGCGGGUACGACGAGCUGAAGACUGGGAACUUGUCUGGGAGCUGCGAGAUGGUGCUGGGGAAGAUGGAGCAGGAGGUCGGGGGCUACUACGAGUACGCUCUCUACGAUGACUGCAUCUACGACGAUGCGUUCCAGCUGUGGAGCUGGCAUGCGCUGCCGGGGUAUGUGAGGAGGAGAGGAAGAGGAAUGAGGAAGGCCUCUGCUCGCGGAGCUCUGAAUGACUACCCUUGCGGUGCAGGAAGAGCUCUUGUACUGUGGGUAGAGAAUACGAAGGUUCGCAAAGCCCUACACGUCCCACCCUCCUCCUACUUUUUCAACGCGGACAAUGGCGAUGGCUUCAGCUACCUCCUGACCGAGAAGUCGCUGAUCCCGUUCUACCGUGACGUCGCUGCCGGCCGAUGGGGCCGCAUGAAAGUGCUGAUCUACAAUGGUGACACAGACCCGUCCAUCAACACUCUUGCAGCUCAGAACUGGACUGUUGCCUUGAGCCUUGCAGAAGCUGAGAGCUGGCGCCCGUGGACGCUCGACGGCUGCAGGCGCAUGGGAGGAUACGUCACGCGCUAUGCCGGGUCCUUGGACUUCCUGACCAUCAGGGGAGCAGGGCAUAUGGUCCCCACCUACAAGCCAGCAGCAGCCUUCUCAAUGAUGAGCCGCUGGAUCGAAGAUCUCCCGUUCCCAACAUACAAUUCAUCAUGUCAGAAGCCGCCGCCAAGUAGGAGAAGAGUGAGGACAGCAGUGAUAGCAUGAAG